AAACAACGAAUCAAACAGAAUCAAGUUAAAUAUGUUUGAUAUUAUCAAUUAUUUCUCAUUUGUUAUAAUUUUAUACCCAAGUGCCUCACAAUCAUUAAAUAUCCAAACUAGGAAUAUUUCUUAUAUCGUAAUUAGGUUGUAAACAAGUCAAGCUAAGUCGAGUUUUUACCUAGCUCAUACUCAAGAGUUCGGCCUCGAAUCGUUUACUAAAAUUCAACACAAAAUCGAAUAUUAUGAGCUCACUAGCUCUACUUGAAUCUAUUUUAAUAAUGUAAAAUGUAGUGAUUAAGAUACCCUACCGUUCGUUCAGACAGAAAAAUACAUAGAUCGACAAUUAUCUUUUGCACUAUAUUUGGUCGUCAUAAACCCAAUUCGCCUAAACCUAAUUCACGGUGAACCUCCAUCGCCAUCAUCCAAAAUCGCCAACACGCAUGGAAGUUGAAGAUCAAACUUGAUAAUGAACGACCAACAAACCCAUAAAAAAAUUAGUCGUUUACGCCAUUUACUAUAGUUUUUUGGGAUGCCAUUUGUCGUUAAAUAACAUAAGCUAAUUAUAAUUUAUGAAAUAAUUAUGAUACCAAAAUAGAAAAGAAAUUGAAGCAGAGUAAUUACUUAUAAUUUCCCGCUAAUUUGGAAUUAGAAAAAAAAAUACGGGAGUGAGAAAUGGAAACAUUAAAAUUCUCCCUCUUGUUUUUUCAGAAACCCUGUUUUUAUCCGCCAAAACAAAAUGUCAUUUCUUUGCAACCCUUCCCAUCCCACUGAAACAUAAUAGCACAGUUUCAUUCUCUCUUUCCAUUAAUCGUUUGAUGUUUCUGGGAAAUCUGGUCGAUUUGGGGUCUUCGAAGCUGGCCCACUUUGCCGGCGGCCGAAGGUGUGGCCUUGUCGAUGAGCACGCGGAGCUUCAGAUCUACGAUUUCUGGGAUCUAUGGCGCAUGCAUUUCGCAUUAUGAAUCACUCGAAGAAGGUAGGCUUCCGAAUCUCUGCACUUCCCUCGCCCCGAUUCGGCUUUGAUUCACUGAAACAACGAUUGGUUCAGGUUCAUGCUCUGGUAGCGAGCAACGAAACGGUGAUUGAAGCUGGGAUCGGAGAUGAGGGAGCUCCACAGCUUGCAGACGGGUUUGUAGAGGAAGGCAGAUCUGGGAUUGGGGAGGAGAAUCAGAAUCUCGACGAGGAGGCCGUCUCCGAGUUUGCUGAUGGCGGAAGGAGGGUUUCCUUCUGAACUGAUUCGCCACCAUUUUCUAGGGGCGGGACGAUGGCAGAUUCCAUUCCGUGUUGCAGUUGUCGAAGACCAUGGCGAUAGACAAACAGACGGAUUGAGGGAAGACAACUCCGAUGCCCGCGCCGGGGGAGAAAAGAUGCGGUAGUAUACAAGCUCGGGUGACGACAGAGAAGGCUUUGAUUCACUGAAAGAACCCAUUACAGGCCAGAAAGAGUCCUUUCAUAAACAUAGAGAAUUCCAAGGGGACACAGCUCCUAUGCUCAUUUGACAGUAUGGAUGCAUGAAAUCUUUUUCUUCUAUUAUUUAAAACAUGUAGAUUUAUAUGUUAAUUCCUUGUUUUCUGUUUGUCUCUACAUGUUUCAUAUAUGUAACAGAGGGAGGAGGAGAGGUCAAAGGACAGAGAAAAAGGGAAGACCAUAAAUAUUGAUCCUUUCAUGGAAGAGCUGAAGCAUGAACAUGAAUUGAGGUGGUUUUCUUUUCCUUCAAUAGUGAUUGCCCUUGUUUUAUCUUGGAUUGUAAUAUGGUGGAGUGAAAUUAGUAGAAGACAUGUUCGUAGUCUAAUGUUCAGUAGCAGAGUUUAACCUUUUAGAUUAAGUCAUGUUCUUAGCCUAAUAUUGGACGACUAAGUGUAUGCUAGGUGAGGCUCUUAUGCUUUUUCAUAAUGCUCAUCUGGUAAUUUUUUGUGUGAAUAUGGUUGAAAUGUGGCAAUGGAAGUCGAAACUGUGAAUAACAUGUUUUUGUUGACUCGGUAUUUGGUGCUUUAACUGCUGCUUCUAGCCUUGCUCCUGCUUCUUUCCUCGCUAUAGUUUAGAAAGUUUCAGUUUGCGGGUUUAGCAAAGAAAUGGACACAGGAUAGUGAAUAUGUGUUUGGAUACAAAAUACUUUAGCUAACGAUGCUCUUUUCUAGUAUGGUCCAUAGAAACCACCCUAGAUUUUGAUGAUUAAUGGCGUAGAUUCAUUUGCAAUUCCUGCCAUUGAUGGUUUCGUUAUUGCUUAAAUGAGUGAGUGAUGUUUUAGCUGCUUUUAUUAGGUCAAGGAGGUAAAGGAAAGUGGAGCAGAGCUGAAAUUACUUCAGACAUGUAUAUAGACGUGGGCUCAACAGAUUCAAGGUAGAGUAUUCACAGGUGUCAUGACUGUAAACCCCUCAUCUAUGUUUCACCUUGGAGGAGCUAGGUAAUUAUUGGUGGAUAUGAUACGUGAUGACAAGAGCUGUGUAUAAUUGACAGCAGGGAUGUUAGGGGGAUUCAAGAUUUCGAAUACCAGGUGUGGGGUCAAGUCCAGAGCUUGAAGUUAUCUCUGGAUGAGCAGAACUUGGGACAUUGCUGGUAAGUGAAUCAGUUAACAAUUUUGCUGCCAUGAGCAAAGGAUUAAUUAAAGAAACCCACUACUACUUGUUGCAAAGCAGACACCAAAGUUGCUGAGGUCCAGAACUAACUACCAAGCUUUCAAUUAUAAGCGGAGGGCUGAGGAUGAAACGGAUUGAUUAUAUGCAUAGUUCGUGGAUUAUUCCAAGGGGACACAACUCCUGGCUUAAAGACUGUUGUUAGGGGCGGACUGAUCAAUCCCAAUGACAAAGUGAAGUAUGAAUCUCAAGUUUAGUCUGUAUUAGUUCUCUAGUUUGGAAUACGGUUUCUGUUCUUGACAUGAUGAAGUAAAAUACUUGAUUUGGGUUCAUGUGUUGCAGAUCAAAGAGAAGACGAACAGUACUUAAUUGAUCACCCUGGAGCAGCUCCCAUCACAACAGCACAAGGAGAAGAACUGAAGAAAGUGGUUGGUGUUGUGCCUUACAUUGAGCGGAGCUCCAAAACUCAGCAGGUUCGUAUAUUUAUCAGCAUGUUAAUCAAGAAAAAAGAAGGCAUAUUAAUAUGUAGCAUAAACUGCAGCAUCCACCCAUUUAUGAAUGAAGACUGUGUUUGAUAGUGUUGUUUUGUGAAUCAGAAUGUGAAGACGGUGUUUGAUACCAUGAUAAAGAUAGUUUUGCGACCACAAAAGUCGGAAGAGGAAGCCUUGCAAGCAAAGGACAUGCACCACCCUUCAGCAAUCAGCAAGAUCUGGUUGUCGAGGUCUCGCCAGAGUCAAACUGGUUCUAAGGAAUACAAGACACGUGCUGCA